AGCUGCUUAUUUUAAAUGUGACGUAUCUAUUUCCACAUUGGAUACCGAACGCGAAAGUACGGUCUAAAAAGAGUUUUGUUUUAAUUGUUUAAUUGAGAGAAAAGUGCUAAAAUGUCAUAUUAUUCACAAAGGAGAGCAGGAGCCGUUUCACCACCGCGACUCACAGACAAGCUCAGGCUAUACCACGUGGACAUGAACCCAUACGGUCACCGAGUUUUAUUAAUAUUGGAAGCUAAAAAAGCGAAAUAUGAAGUAUACCGACUGGACCCCCUCCAUUUACCCGAGUGGUUCAAAGCCAAAAAUCCUAGACUAAAAAUUCCCGUUCUUGAGAUACCGACGGAACAAGGAGACAAGUGCUUGUUCGAAAGUGUUGUCAUAUGCGAUUACUUGGAUGAGAAAUACACGCGGAACCCGUUACAUUCCAGAGAUCCGUACGUGAAGGCACAGGAUAGGCUGCUUAUAGAGAGGUUUAAUGAGUUAAUAAAAGGAAGUCUAGAGUGUUUCGACACAAACUUCGCAUUCGGCAGCGAACAAAUAAUCCAAACGAUGGAGAUAUUUGAGAAGGAGCUAGCUUUGAGAGGUACAAAUUACUUUGGAGGAAACAAACCGGGUAUGCUAGACUACAUGAUAUGGCCGUGGGUGGAAAGGCUGUACCUAUUACGAUGCAUAAAUGAGAAAAAGUUUGACGAGAAGAAAUCGAGGUUCCCUAAUUUUGCUGAUUGGGGCGAUCAAAUGCAGCUGGAUGAAGUUGUUAAAAAACACGCGAAUUCACCUUCAGAAUAUUUUGAUUACUACGAAAACGCAAGGACACAUGCAAUGGGAUAUUAUCUGUAAUUUAUUAUACAUAAACAUAAAUCCACUGGUUGUGUAGCGCGAUCUCGUGCGAUAUUUUUUUAUAAUUAUAUGAAUAUUAGCAAUAUUUCACUGUAAACUCCCGUGCUUCGGAAACACGUAAAGACGUCGGUCCUGCGCCCGAACUCUUUCCGGUCGUGUCGGAUUGCCGUCCCAUCGGAUUAUGAGAGUAAGGGAAUAGAGAGUGCACCUGCGUAGUUGGCUAAUCUCUCUUGAGAUUGACCGCCGUGGCCGCAAUCGGUCUGGAGGACCUUAUAUAGAGCCUAAUAUAGUACGAUAUAGCGUUAUUGAACCAGUUUAAUAAAUCCAUUUUGAUAAAAGAUUAAUAUUUAAGACAAACACUUGUGCGUAUGAGAAAUGUAUUUUGAGGUCAGUUUUCUUUUGUUCUGAAGUAUUUGUGUCUGUAGCUUUACGCUAUACAAUUUUCUUAAUCGCAAAGGUCUGACUAUAGCCUAAUAUGUAUGUAACACCACCUUGAAAUAUUGUUUAGUGGGCGUUUAGUUAAACAUAUCUGUCUCAUUCUGUCAUCAUUGAUUUGAUAUUCGAAAAAAAAGACGUCAUUCACCUCACCCUUUGGUACCGUUAAUAACUAACCUAGUCUUAAAAGUAUUUACAGUUAGUUUUCACAAAAAUAUCUUUAGUAUAAAUUUAGACAGCGCAUUUACACUGUAAUGAAAUAUAUUAUCAGAGUACAGAUAAACAUAAUAAAACGCGUAUUGCUUCAUAAUACUUAUAAACGUUGCUUAGCCGCUGUUUAGUUAAACACCAGUCUCUUUCUGACAUUGUUAGUUUGAAAUUUGAAAGAAGUAGACAGCAUAAUUCAACUAAUUACCUACUAAACUUAAGUAAGGCAUUUAGUGUGUAAACACUGAAUGUCUAGAUAUUCGCUUACAAUUUAUUUCAAAUAUUCUGUAAUUAAAUAAAAGUUACAAUUUACCUCUUGUGGUGACUCAGCUUUAGAUUCAGGUAAUUGUAUUUAUGUAACCUUAUAUUAUAAUAUAUUUUAUUAUAUAUUUGUUAUAUAUAAUCUGCAAAUAUCUUAAGAAAUAAUUUAAUUAUUAUAUUAUAAACAAUCUGUGACAGCAUGGAGGCGAUAGUACAGACAAUUAUGCGGUUUUUAUUAUAAAACACUGUUACAAUUUGUUUUGGCAGCAGAUUAAAUAUGGAAUAAAACUCCUUUUUAUAAACAUUCUAAUAAAAAAAAAACUGUUGUGGCUGUUUAGUUAAACACUCGUGCUCACUUGCUGUCAUUAUUUGACAUUUGAAAGAACAAGACAGCAUUGUUUAACUAAAUCGACUACACAUCGUUUAUAAGUACAGCCGUUUGAGUUUACGUAAGUAGAUUGGUAUUAGGAAGUUUAUUAUAUGAUAAUAGUGUUAUGUAUUAGCUAAGUAAUGAUAUAUAAUGUCUUUGUGUUCACAUAAGUCAUACAUAUAUAUACAGAAUGUCACCAAGAUUUUUAAUAUUUUUUAUUGCAUUUUAUAUUCAAGUAUUUUGUAAAAUAUAUUUUUUUGUAUGAAAUUAGAUUAAAAGUGCCUUUUUUGAACGUGUGAUGAUAAAAAUAUGGUUUCUAAUAUGAAAAUAACCACUUGAAACAAAGUCUAAAUAUCAAUAUCAAAUGCGAGUGAAAUAAGAAACAUGAAUGCGAAAGUGUGGAAGUAUCAUUAAGAAAUAAUACAUAUAAAGGAUUAUUGUCAAUUUCGUUAUAUUAUAAUUUCACUGGCAACAUUACAAUUGCAUGGUAUUUCUUUUAUCGUUUCGUAUUUAUACAUGCUAACAUUAUUUACAUUAUAAUUUCAUUAGCACAACAGGAUUCUUCACUUCGCUUUUCGAAUCUUAAACCAAACGGUCUUUGUCAAAAAAAUAACACUUAAAAAAAAAUUAAAUUGUUUGUUUUUUUACGCAAGCAAAUCUUAUUUAUUUAUUUACCGCAUCACGUUGCGUUAUAUUAUGAGGGAAUAACAGUGAUAUGAUUAUUUUGUACACAAUGUUUGAUAUAGACUUCUCGCAAUCAGUAGAUAAAACUAUUUUUGUAUAAUGAAUCAAAGUUAAAACAAAACCUUUAUUGAAGCAAUUAUUAUUAUUUGUAACAUAUGUUGCAACGAACCCUUUUUUUUAAAUUAUGUUUCAUUUGUUUUUCACGGUCAUUUGCGUUCGUCACUUUUUGAGUUACCUUUUUUUAAUUUCAUAUUAUUAUAUGACAAAAUUUUUACAAUUUUUUAAUUACUACGUCUUUGUAAUACAUGUGUAAUUCAACGCCAACGUUGUUACCGUUCUUGAAUAUCGAUUUCAAUCGACAUUUCACAAUUCUAAAUAGUUUUAUUAGUGUUUUCCUUGUCAUCUCUUUUAUACGUGACAUUGGCAGAAUAUUUUGCGGUCAACUAGCGUAGAUACAUGCCAAAAAAGAAAAAAAAUAUCCACUACACGUGUGGUGAUAAAAAGAAUACAAAAUAUUUUAGAUCUGUCAAAUUUGUUUAAAUAUUGUAAUGUUUAAACGAAUUUGAUCACACAAAUGUGACAAAUGUAAUCAGGUGCUGAUUACAUUUGUAUAUGUAUUGUAUAAUGCGUUAUGUAUGUACGUUGUCUACAUAGAAUUUAUAUACUCUUAUACAUAGAUUUUACUGAAUGACAUUUACUUUGUAUUUGUUUUAUUUAAAAAUUGUAUUCCAUCUGGUUUUCAAACAUUAUUUAAAAAAAACUGUUUUGUUUUUUAAAUUUAAACGCUUUUUAAAAAGACACUAGGGAAAUGGAUGAUCUUUUCUAUAAUAUAUAGAUUAAAUACAAAAUCGUACGAUCACUAGUUGUCUUUGCCUUUUUUUAUAGUUUUUAUUUUAUAUGACUGGUAUGGCCACAGUUGUUUUGUUGUUAAGGGGAGCAAAAUUGCUUAAUGUUGGAAGGUAAUCGUUUGAUCUGUUGCCUAUGAUAAAAUCUGUAUGAUUUAUAUGAAGGUUUUUUAAUUUUUUGAACUUAUUUUAAAUAACGAAAUCAUUCUUUAUAGUGUUUGUAUUUUUUUAUUUUGGUUUUUUUAUUUGUUUUUUUUUUUAUGGAACUCGUUGUCUUCGCAAAGCUAAAGCUUAAGUAUUUACUUUCAUAGAAUCAUUUCUUUCUUUGUUUUAAUUUAAGUUUAGUUUAAGUCAAAGUUAUUAAUUAACAAAAUAUUUUUUUAUAUUUACAAAUGUAUUUAAAUAUAAAAAGGGCUUAAGUUAUUUUAU